AUGGAUGGAAUCUUCUCCGUGAAAUCUGAUGUGUUCAGUUUCGGCGUGUUGAUACUUGAGAUCAUCAGCGGCAAAAAGAACAGAGGAAUCUAUGACUCGUCACGCAGCCUCAAUCUUCUGGGAUACACGUGGAGCCUAUGGAGAGAAGGUAAAGGCCUCAACUUGGUCGACGAAGUCAUCGGCGACUCGUACCCCAAGGCGGAAGUCUUGAGGUGCACGAAGGUCGGCCUUCUGUGCGUUCAGGAGCGACCGGAGGACAGACCGACGAUGUCGUCGGUGCUGUUGAUGUUGGGAAGCGACAGCGCGCUGCUGCCGCAGCCGAGGCAACCGGGCUUUGUUGCCAUGAGAGGGCCGCUGGACCCCGAUUCCUCGACGAGCAAGCAGGACUGGUUGUCCAUCAACAAUGUGUCGGUCACGAUGUUUGAAGGUCGAUGA